GUUACUCAUCGGCUGUACAGAAAUUCUCCCAGACUUUGCAGUCCUUUCAGUUUGACUUUAUUGGUGACACGCUAACAGAUGAUGAGAUUAAUAUUGCCGAGUCGUUUAAGGAGUUUGCAGAGCUGCUCCAGGAGGUAGAGCUGGAGAGGUCCAUGAUGGUACAAAACGCUAGUGAUUUGCUGAUCAAACCUCUGGAAAACUUUCGGAAAGAGCAAAUAGGGUUCACCAAGGAAAGAAAGAAAAAGUUUGAGAAGGAUGGUGAGAAGUUUUAUUCUAUGCUGGAUCGCCAUUUGCAUUUGUCUUCCAAAAAGAAGGAAUCCCAAUUACAGGAGGCUGACCUUCAAGUUGACAAAGAGAGACACAAUUUCUUUGAGUCCUCCCUCGAGUAUGUGUACCAGAUCCAGGAAGUGCAAGAAAGCAAGAAAUUCAGUAUUGUGGAACCGGUGCUGGCUUUUCUCCACAGCCUCUUUACUUACAACAACCUGACAGUUGAGCUCACGCAGGAUUUCCUCCCCUACAAACAGCAGCUUCAGCUCAGCCUGCAGAAUACAAGGAAUCAUUUUUCCAGCACACGGGAGGAGCUGGAAGACCUGAAGAAAAGGAUGAAGGAAGCCCCCCUAACCUGCAAGCUACCUGGGCAGCCGACCAUUGAGGGCUAUCUUUACACUCAGGAGAAAUGGGCACUGGGCAUCUCCUGGGUGAAAUAUUACUGCCAGUAUGAAAAAGAGGCAAAAACCUUACGGAUGACACCCAUGGACCAGAAGCCUGGAGCUAAGCAAGGCACCUUGGACCUGACACUGAAAUCCUGCGUAAGGAGGAAGACUGACUCUAUAGACAAAAGGUUUUGCUUUGACAUUGAAACUAAUGAAAGGUCUGGGACCAUCACGCUGCAAGCGCUCUCGGAAGCAAAUCGCAGGCUGUGGAUGGAAGCCAUGGACGGGAAGGAGCCGAUCUAUCACAGUCCCAUCACCAAACAGGAAGAAAUGGAGCUGAACGAAGUUGGCUUCAAGUUCGUACGGAAGUGCAUCAACGCAGUGGAAACGAAAGGGAUUACUACGGAGGGCGUCUACCGGACUGUUGGCAGCAAUAUUCAGGUGCAGAAGUUGCUGAAUGCCUUUUUUGAUCAAAAAUGUCCAGGGGACGUGGAUCUCCAGAGCGGCGACUGGGACAUCAAGACGAUUACCAGCUCACUGAAGUUUUAUCUCAGGAACCUGUCUGAGCCCGUCAUGACGUACAAGCUCCACAAAGAGCUGGUCCUGGCUGCCAAAUCUGAGAACCUGGAUUACAGGUUGGGAGCCAUUCAUGCACUGGUCUAUAAGCUACCUGACAAGAACAGAGAGAUGUUAGAGCUCCUCAUACAACACCUCGUCAACGUAUGUGAACACAGCCGAGAGAAUCUGAUGUCACCGUCCAACAUGGGGGUGAUAUUUGGACCUACCCUAAUGCGAGCACAGGAGGACACCGUGGCAGCAAUGAUGAACAUCAAGUUCCAGAACAUCGUGGUUGAGAUCCUCAUCGAGCACUUUGGGAAGAUCUACUCCGGCCCCCCAGAAGACACCACUGCUCCCCCGGUGCCUCCUCCCAGAGUGGCUGCCCGGCGGCACAAACCCAUCACCAUUUCCAAACGGCCUCUGAGGGAAAGACCCGUCUUCUUCGGUGCUUCUGUGGAAGAAAGUGGAGUGGACCGACACAGCCAGACCCCCAACGGCAGUGGCGGAGCAGAGGCCCCCAAGCCACUGCACCGCAGCCGCCUGCCUGCGCCCCGUCUGGGGGGGGACGAACCAGGGCGUCCCCCUGCUGAGGGUCGGCCCGACCCACGUGCCGAGGCAGAGGUGGGGAAGCUGGUGGCCAGGCUGCAGGAUGGAGGGGUGAAGCCAGCCAGCAAAGCUGCCAAUGGGGUGGUGGCCAGCCCUGCUCUGAAGACCUCCACGCUGCAGGCCAGAAGACCGGCGCCCAGGCCAGGGAUCUACGGCAGAGAGGGCGAGUAUGACAGUGUCCCUAAGCCACGAUCCCAUGGUGAUAAACCCGUGAUAAUGCGUCCCCCUGUGAGACCUCCAGACCCGCCGUGCAGGACUCCUGUCCCCCUCAGGCUGGAGCAGAGGCCGGACCUGAUAGCAGGCACAGCAGAAGAGAUGCCUUCAUCUGUGGUCGCCUCUAGGACAAAGUUCUUUGAGACAGCUUCCCGAAGAACAAGCAAUUCUUCAUCACCACAAGGCAGGAUCCCAGGUGAUGAGAGCUGA